AUGGGAUCUUUCGGCGGAACGUACUUCAGGCCGAUCAAGUCUUCGGUAACUGGAAAGACGUACCGCGACCAGUGGAAGGAGUUUCCCGCGGACUGGUUCGAGGGAUUGGACGUGAAGAGGCAGGUGGCCAGUCCCACCUACUUGAACGCUGUCAACACUUACGGCGUCCACUGUGGUGGGGACUUGCACAUGUGGGAGUCGAGCGGAUGGAUAAAGGAGUGCGACCCCUACGGAUGGUUCCAGGUAUUCGGCCCCACUGGGAGAUGGCGGACACAGCUGUGUAACCGUAUCCUCAUCAAGGGCAGCGAGGUGGACGACACGACCGUGAGCCCUAAGAUUCGCCAGCUCAUGCAGCACUGGGGGUAUAGGAUAACCGACCCAGACCUCCAGCGGCAUGCCUUCAGGCAAAAGGCCAAGAAAGGUUGACUUGGCUCGUAUGCGAGUUGAAUUCGUCAUUUGUAGUUUUUAGUUAUGGCACACGGCUGUGGUGCUUGCAAGCGGGUUGACGGUUGUCGAAUUAUGGAGUCCGACGAUG